AUGGCUCAUCGAAACAGUGAUAAUCCAAAUGUCCAAAUCCGAAAUCGAUCAGAAAGUACAUCGCAUCUUGCUGAUCAAGGUACUGGAUUUUUCCAGUGGGGCCGCGAUCUAGGUGGUACCGAUUCUAAUCAUAAAUUUACCGAACAUGAAAAAGACUUGCUUGCUCAAUACCAAAGCGCCGAUUACUUACCGCCAUAUAGCUGUGCUUAUAAGGAAUGGCUACGUCAACAACCUGCAAGAUUAGAUUGGGAUAAAUGGCUAAUGAUGGGUAUUAUUGGUUUUGUUGUUGGUAUUACAGGAUUUCUAAUGCAUCAAACUAUUGGAGUUAUUGCAGACUUGAAAUGGGAUCGCGCUUAUGAGUACGUCAAGGAAAGAAAUUUUGGAAUGGCAUGGGUCUGGCUUGCGUUGAUUGGUAUUGGAUUCGCUAUUAUUUCCUCUUUAUUGGUUGUUCUAUUUCACUUACCAGCUGGUGGAUCAGGCAUGCCCGAAUUAAUUGGGUUCUUAAAUGGUACUCUUAUUAGAAACGUCUUUGGCAUAAAGACUGCAGUCAUCAAGUUUCUAUCUUGUGUAUGUGCGGUUGGAUCUGGUCUACCGGUUGGACCUGAAGGACCUAUGAUUCAUUUAGGGGCACUUAUUGGAGGAGGCUUAAGCCAAGCCAAAUCUUCAAUCCUUAAUUGUAUUCUACCUAUAUUUGGAAGAUUUCGUAAUCCAGAAGAUGAGCGUAAUUUCAUUAGUGCCGGAGCAGGAGCUGGAGUAUCUGCAGCGUUUGGGGCUCCUGUUGGUGGAUUACUAUUCACUAUGGAAGAAGUAUCGUCUUUUUGGAGCUUAAAGCAUGGCUGGAUGACAUUUUUCUGCUGCAUGACAUCGACAUUUACAACAGAUCUAUUCAACUCAGCUUUUCAAGGUUUUCGAUAUACAGGCGAUUUUGGUGCCUUUAAAUCGAGAAAAUACAUCUUAUUCGAAGUUAAAAAAGAAAUUUCCUUAAACAUCUUGGCUUUCAUACCAUCCUUAAUUAUUGGAAUGAUUGGAGGCCUAUUAGGUGCACUCUUUACCUUUCUAAAUUUAAAGAUCGCUCGAUCUCGCCGUCGCUUAGUUGGACGCUUUAAAUCGACGUGGGUAAAAAACUUGAUUCGAGUUUCCGAAGUUACAUUAAUCAUGACCCUUACUGCAACCAUGUCCAUUCUGUUACCCGGUGGCUUUGGUUGUACUCCAUAUCAAUGUCAGAAUGUUAACACUACUGCUAAUGUCUACCAGGGACCACUAUGCAGACGUGGAGACCAGUAUAAAAUUCAUACCGAAAACGAAGUCGUUGGUUAUACCUGUCCUGUUGGUAUAACGAAGAACGUAAGCUCUCAAGUAUAUUUUACCAAUCAAACCUAUAAUCAAGGCUACUGGGCGUGGAUGGAUCCCGGUGCGUUCGCGUUAGUCGGCGCUGCGUCGUUCUUUGGAGGUGUAUCGAGAUUAACGAUGGCUUUAGCUGUAAUCAUGAUGGAAAUUACCAACGAUAUUCAAUUUCUAUUGUUGGUCAUGGUAGCAAUAUUAAGUGCAAAAGUAUUGGGUGAUUAUAUCACUCAUCCGCUGUAUCACGCUCUUCUUGAAAUGAAAUGUAUUCCGUUUUUAGACAACGAAUUAUCCUUACACGAUGAACACCAUAACAUACUAAACCUAGAAUUUUAUACUGCUGGCGAUGUUAUGACCAAAAAGCCUAAGUGUGUAUAUGAGCGCGAAUCCGUAGCAAAACUGGCAAGAUUGCUCCAAGAAACUAAGCAUGGCGGUUUUCCUGUCAUUAGGAAAGACGCCGUUAGUGGCCGAGAUGUAUUUGUUGGAAUGAUGUCGAGAGAUGAGUUAGAGGUAUUGUUGGCGGUUGGAGAUUCCGUGUUUGAAGAUCAAUUUGGAAAUAAUGCUCACGAGAUUGGCAUUCUGCGUUAUAAUAUGAUUCCGUAUAUCAACCGAUCUGUUACCAGUAUUCAGAUGUCAUUCUCUCUACGUAGAACUUAUAUUCUCUUCCGCACGAUGGGAAUGAGGCAUUUACCUAUAGUCGAUGAAGUUAACAGAGUUGUCGGUAUUUUAACCCGUAAGGAUCUAAUGGGAUUUAGUAUUGAAGAGCAUAUCCAUGGCGAUGACUAUGGUCAUGACCAUAUGCGUACCCCAACUGGUAAAAGAAGCGGAGAUUUGGAACUGAAUGAAUUUCAUCGUCGCGCUUAA